AUGGCGUUAAUGAUCGAUCAUAUUGCUGCAUCGGAAAAAUAUCGAUUUGAAACAUUUUCUACUCUAUUGAACUUACCCUUAACAACACUACGACAAUUAGCUCUCGCUGGUUUUAUUUAUCAAAAUUCCGAAUGUGCAUGUUUACAAUGUGGUAUUACUAUUCAUUUAAAUGAUUUAGAUGAAAAUCAUGCAUAUCCAUCGAAUUAUUUUCGAAAAUUACAUCGUGAAAAAAUUUCUUAUCUUGGUAAACGUUGUGGAUUUUUAUUAUGUGAAUCCGGUACAAAUAUUGAUGAUCUUCAUCCAUUAUUACCAUCUGAACAAGAAAAAAAAUUAGAAUGGGAUGAUGCCGAAGAACCAGAUUUUAAUGAUUAUACGACGCGUUUAGCAACAUUUCAUUCAUGGCCAUAUUUACAACAGAAUGAAAAUACUUUUGUUACACCAUCUACAAUGGCUAAACAUGGAUUUUAUUAUUCAGGAAUUAAUGAUGGUGUCACUUGUUUUUAUUGUGGUAAUACAUUAAUAGAUUGGUCCGAAACAAUUCAUUCAUCAAAUGAAAGUAUUGUUCAACUCGAACAUGCUCGAUUUUUUCCGUGUUGUUUUAUAAAUUAUACAGCGGGUGGAAAAUUCGUUGCUAAUUCUGGUUAUUUUCAUGUCGUGUCCGAUCAAGAACGUCGUUCUCGUAACCCAAUGACAUCGAAAAUUGUUGAAAUUUCUAAUAAACCUCAAUCAAUUGAUCAAUGUUUAUUGACAUUUGAAAAUUGGCCGGACUGUGCUCCAAUCUCCCCUAAAGAUUUAGCUAGUACUGGUUUUUAUUAUUUAGGCUCGGAAUUACGAGUGAAAUGUUAUAUGUGUGAUCUUGAAGUUGAUGAUUGGCAUCAUGGUAUGACCGCACUUGGUACACAUAGUCGACGUCAGAAUAAUUGUGAAAUAAUUCGAGCUAUUCUCAGUACUAAAACAAGUGAUAUUCAAUGUGUUAAUGAAAAAUGGCGUUUACAAACUCUAAGUGAAUUAUCAUUUGGAACGAAUUGUGAUCAACGUUUAUGUCGAGAAUUAGCUGCAUGUGGUUUUUAUCGUUUUAAAAAUACAAAUAAUAUUCGUUGUGCAUAUUGCGGUGUUUUAAUUCAACCAAAAUCGAAUACAUCAAUAAUGUUUCAACAUCGUUAUUUAGCUAAACAAUUAAAAAAAUCCUCAAUUCUCGAUUGUCUUAUAGUUCGUGCACAAUGUCCAGCAAAUAUAGUUAUUCCAGAUCGAGAACGUUUUCCUGAAUAUCCAGAUUAUCAAUCUGUAUUUGAUCGAAUAAAAUCAUUUGAAAGUUAUAAAGAACGAUAUAAAGUUCUGGAAGAUUUUAUAAAUGAAAGAGCGAAUGCUGGAUUUUUUCUUGAUACAAUGAAACGUAUGCGUUGUUUUCAAUGUGGAAAUUCGUUAUUAAUUAAUGAUAAAAAAUUAUAUGAUAAAUAUACAGAUUAUGAUAUAGCAAAAUUACAUGCACAUUUUUAUCCAACAUGUGAAUGGGUAAAAGAAAUAUUAGGUUGUAAAUAUAUUGCACAAGUUCUUUUAGAUCGUACUAAAUCAAAUGAAUUUGAACAUCAACAAUCAUAUCAUACACAAGUAUCAUCGGCAUCAUCACAUGUUACUUCAAAUUCUUUUUCAACAACAUCAGGCAGUAUGGAUCGUAGAUCUUCGAAUGAAUUAAAUAUAAGUGAUUAUUCGGAAGAAUCUGAUGAUGAAGGUUAUGAAACUGUAGCAACACCAUUUCGAGCAAAUUAUAGUGAUUUUAUAUCACCAAUACAAUCACCAUCACCUACGGCAUUAUCGCAUGAAUCACCAACACUAUCAAUAGCAGAAGUAUGUACAGAUAUGAUUCCUACGAAUAAUCAUAAUCAAAUGACAUCACCUAUUAUGAUACAUCAAAUAAAUCCAUUUCAACAAUUUGCAUUACAAUCAAAAUCACCACCUGUUGAUAUUGCUCGUAAUGAUAUUACACCGGUUGAUCCUCAUGCAUAUUUUGCAUAUGAAUCGAAUCGUUUGGCUUCUUUUAAAAAAUUAAAUCGUGGAACAUUUGCGCAAGUUAAUAUUGAAGAACUUGCAUACGCUGGAUUUUAUUUAAAUUCUGAAGGUACUAUGCUCAAAUGUCCAUGGUGUGUUAUUGAAUUAACAGAACAAAAAUUUGAGAAAAUCUUAUUUAGAAGACCAACUAUUCCUCGUUCACCAUUAAAUGAUGAGCUAUGGACUGCUAUGCGCGUUCAUAGACAUGCUAUUGGACAACAUACAGACAAAACUCUUUCAUGGUGUCCAUGGGUUAGACGAGAAUUAGGUGGAAUUUAUCCAAAUGUUAUCUUGAAUCAAAGUCAUAUGCGUUAUCCAGAAUAUCCAACCUAUUCAACUAUAGAAAAACGUAUUAAAUCAUUUGAAUCUAAUUGGAUUUAUCCAAGUGGUAGUCGUUUAUCGAAUGCAAUGAUGGCUGAUGCUGGAUUUAUAUAUUUAGGUGAAGGAAAAGUAUGUUGUUAUUAUUGUGGCAAUAGAUUACACAAUUUUGAACCACUUGAUUGUCCAUUUGAAGAACAUGUUGUAUUUCAUCCAUUAUGUGAUUAUAUGAUACAAAAACGUGGUUUAUCUUAUAUUGAACGAGUCUUGAAAGAAUCUCCACGAAUUCCACAUGCACGACAAAAAUAUGAAAUUAAUGGCACACAGAAAAUUAAAAGUAUUUUUUUUGCUAAAACUGGUCGAACAAAUAGUAAAAAUAAACGUUUACCAGUGAAACGAAUUAAUUUACGAUCAUCAACAAUGACAAAUCAUAAUAUAUUAAAGUCAACAACAGAUAAUUCAGAUAUAAAUGAAAAUAGUUGUUAUCUAUGUUGUGAAAACAUAGCUACAUAUUCAUACGAUCCCUGCCAACAUUGUCCAAUGUGUGGUGAAUGUUUUGCAAAAUUAACUAAAGAACAUCAUGAACAAUGUAUAAUUUGUCUUCAACAAGCAACAAUACAUUCACGUGUUGCUGCGACAAGUAAUUAUCAAGUUAUACUUGUUGAUCAAAAACAAGAAUUUCUUGAUAAAAGUUUAAAUAUCAUUGAAACAAGUUUAAAACGUAUAAUUAAGAAGAAAUUUGAAAAAGAUCAGGCAAAUGGUGAAAAAUAUUUAGCUGAUGUUCAAAAGCGUAUUAAAACAAGUUUAAAUGUUAAUGAUGCUGUUAAAUCAACAGAUAUUGUUAUUGAAGCUAUUGUAGAAAAUCUUGAAACAAAACAAAAAUUAUUCAAACAAAUUGAUCAAUCUGCACCAAAGCAUACAAUUUUUACAAGUAAUACAUCAUCAUUACCAAUAACCGAAAUUGCAAAAGAUGUUCAACGACAAGAUAAAUUUGGUGGUUUACAUUUCUUCAAUCCAGUACCAGUUAUGAAAUUACUUGAAGUAAUUCGUACAUCAUCAACUAGUGAUGAAACAUUUCAAAUAAUGUUAGCGUUUGGUAAAGCAUUAGGAAAAACAACUGUAUCUUGCAAGGAUACUCCAGGAUUUAUUGUUAAUCGAUUAUUGGGACCAUAUCAAGCCGCAGCCAUUCGAAUGAUUGAACGUGGUGAUGCAACACCUGAAGAUAUUGAUACUGCAAUGAAAUUAGGUGCAGGUUAUCCAAUGGGACCAAUUGAAUUAUUGGAUUAUGUUGGAUUAGAUACAUGGAAAUUUGUUAGUGACGGUUGGCAUAAACGUUUUCCAAACGAUCCAGAAUUUCAACCAAGUGAAUUAGUAAAUAAACUUGUUUCUGAAGGCAAACUUGGCAGAAAAACUGGCGAAGGUUUUUACAAAUAUUCCAAAUAA